CUGCUGCCGUUUGACUGUCGGCCUGUGCAUUUUUGGUAUUUCAAAUUCUGUGAAUUAACCUAAAAAACGCAACUACAACAACAAGAAAAUUUGAAGUUACAGUUACAGUGAUGCGCAAUAACAGCAGCAACAUGCAGUUUUCAACACAUCGACGAAGUUUGUACUGGCUUCUGGGAUUAUGUCUAUUGUUAUUCGAAACAGAAUCGAUAAAUGCACAAGGCAAACGUGCACCACGCAUCACCAACUCACGCAGUUUUGGCACCAAUGUUAAGUCAACCAGCUCGAAUGGUGUCAGUUUUGAUUGCCCCGAAGAGUUUGGAUAUUAUCCUCAUCCCACGGACUGUACACAGUAUUAUGUAUGCGUGUUUGGAGGAGCACUACUUGAGAGCUGCACUGGAGGUCUUAUGUACUCCCAUGAGCUGCAGACUUGUGACUGGCCCAGAAACGUGGGCUGCGAACUGGUGGACAGUGGCACGUCCGCCACUUCUACCGAGGGAGGUGGUGCCGCUUCACGUAACAAGCCACAGCAGCAUGUUCCCAGUCGAGUUCGCUUUGGAUCCGCCUUUACCAGCCCAGCAGCUACACAAAAGACAAUAACAGUGCCACCACAGUAUCAUCGUUCUCCGCCACAGAUAAUACAGGCGCAGGUGCAGCAUAUACCACCCCCACCAGAGCUGCCGGCGCCACCAAAUCCGUUGGUCACGUCACGUGGACAACCAAAAUCGCUUCUGGACUCGCAAGAAGACAUCGCCAAGCUCUAUGCCGAGGCGCAGGAAACACUGCCAACAGUUGAAGAGGAGGAAAAUGAUCGCCAGCAACGUGUUUAUCGUGGACAGCCAAGUACUGUUAGCCAAGUACAACGGGACCGCGAUGGUAUUCUCCACCAGGCUAGCAUUAAUGCCAUACCCAAUCACGGAAAAAUCGGGUCCUACACAUUUGGGACAGCUUACAGAGUUGAGUCAUCUUCACCGUCAUCGCUGACGGCGCAAACUUCCGAUAACAUAUUUGUACAACCAAGCUCAGAAGCUUCACAGCCACAGUUUGCAUCUAAUCGUAACUACUACAACACAUCCAUAUUCAAUCAUGGGGUUGGCUACCAAAAACCACAUCAGGCGCAACAACAACAACCGUCACCAUUCCAACAACCGCAACAACAACAACAACAGCAACAGGCUCCUGCCUUAUCAAACCCCUAUGAUUCAUCAUACUAUUCUGUUUACGACGACGAUAUUGAUUUGUACAGGGAUAUUGAGUAUCAACAGCAGCAUCAAGAACGGCAUCAGCAGAAACCUCAGUCCUACCAGCCUAACGUGCGCCAACAACAACAACAACAACAGCAACAACAUCAAAAUCAGCAAUCAACUUAUCGACCGUUGGAAAUAUUGACUACACCGACACCAGCACAAAGGCCAAACUUUAACAGCCAACCCACAUUGAGCUACAAUACGGAAUAUGAUGAUGAUCUCAGUGGACAGAUCGCGCAGGAUAAUGUGUACAGUCAACCUACGGCCACACCGCAACGACCGGAUGAGGUGACCAUCAGAACGCUGGAUGCGCAAGCCACUGCGUCGACCACUUCAAGGCCAGCUUCAAGACCUGAUGGGCGCAACUUCUACAGUACUUAUACCACUCCAAAUAUGAACUAUGAAGAGGCCGAUUAUAGCUAUUCCAGUUCAGCAGAGUUUGCCCCGAAUUCACCAGCGGAUUACUAUCAAAGCGAGACAACUACGGUGAAGAAUAUCUAUCCCAAGCCUCAAACACCCAAAUCAGUAGAUACGGGCGAUUAUUAUUUGAUCGCCAAUGAUGUGACGCAGACAACAUCAGCCUUUAAAAUUCUUUCAACUAGGAAGUCCACGACGGCGACACCCACACGCAUUCCGAUCUCAAACGUAUCUCCAGUGACAGGCAGGAGUACAAGCAGAACAACCACUUCAACUACCACAAAAACCUUCACAAGACCUCCUGCAAAAAAGACAACAACAACACCAACCACACUUCAACCAACAAGCUCAAAAGCGCAUGCCAAUAAAAACUUUAAGCAAAAUGUUAUAAUUAAAUUAAAGACAACCACAACACCACCACGUACCACACUAGCACCCAGUAUAACAACCCCUAUGACAAGCACAGUGAUGCAACCAUCAAACCCUACAUACAAUUCCAAUCCCUUUCUCAAAACCAAGUUACAAUUUCUGGCAAAGACCCUAAUUAGUGCUGUGGCUGGCAAUCGAAAUAACACAAAAACUCAGACCCAAGUCCCAACUACAGUCACACCUUCUCCAAUCAGCGAAUCGUGGGCGUUGGUAAAUGACAGUGCAAAUGGUAGUACUCAAAAGAUUGUUGAAACGAUUUACAAUGAAAGUCGGAACGUGCAAGUCCAAUCAGCAGAGAUACCCAGUAGUCAUUCCUAUGAGAUAAGCACUUCGCCCAAGUUCCUAGAUUUCAUCAAUGCCGCCGCCUACGGAGCUAACCUGGUGCGUACACCCGCCGAGAAGGCACUUCAGACCGCAUACAUAAGGGACGGUAAUAAAUACAAUGGAUAUGAGAAAAACACAACAAUUGUCACUGAACAAAAUCAAAGCAAACGUAUUCAAAGCUAUUUGCUCUCCGAUGUGAAACCCCAGAGUUUCAGACCAGUGUUAAUUAGCUCAAGCCCAACUACAACGCGACCUAACCAAGCAUACGAAUAUAGUCUAGAAAGUGGAUCACAUGGAUUUACGUUAAGGGCAAAGGAGUCAUUGAACGAGGAAAACGUGUCUGAACCACUCUUUGAGCGACCUGACAGUGGGCAUCAUGUUAAUCCCAACACAACAACAACAACAACCACAUCGACAACGACAACGACAUCCCGUUCAGCACCCACACAAGCUUAUCAUAAUAGCGCAGACUACGAAGAUAUUGUACCAACAACAUAUGCCCCGUUGCGUAUCUGGCGCAACGGUCGCCCGACCAUUAAACAAGCACCUAGCAGGCCAACGAGCCUGAGCAUCACAGACGUGGCCAACAGUUUGAAUAUUAAAACCACUGUCACAACAAAGGCAGCCACUAGUACCGAACGAACGAGCUCUGGUCAAAGCUUCACAGCACGUGCCAAUCUCUUCAAAGACAACCUUAAUCGUGCUACCAGCAAUUCCGGCACACAGUUUGUGUCACCCUAUAAGAGUCUUGAAAGUCUGCUGCAAGAUGAACGCCUGCCCCAUAACAAUCUGAGAACCACUGCAAGAUCGCGAUAUGCGAAUGCACCGGCUCAGACAUCGUUGCUACAAACCACGCCCAAGUCCUUAAGAAAUUACUUUCUUAUAAGUACGCCUCAAAAGAAUGCGUCCGAGCUGCUAAUUGAAGCAAUGGUUACGAGCAAUGGUCGUAAUUUCAGCAUAAGCGACGCAAUUUUGAGCACAUUCAGUCCACAGAGACCAAUGCCAAGUAUUUCGCGAGCAACAACUACAACGACAACCAGAACUACAACCACAAAUAAAAUACCAACAGAGGCAACUCUUGCACCAACAAUUGUAGCGCCAAUCAUAUCCGCUGUAGUAACUUCGUCGGCAAUCUUGGUGUCUGAAAUGCCAAUCCAUCCUCGUGGUCGAUCACGGUACACUGCGGCUACCGUUAACUAUAAUUUAGAAGGUGUCGACGAGCCAACCACCUAUGCACCCAAGCUGUUCCACAGCAAUGAGUUGAGGAACUCCGCAUCUAUACCGUAUUCCAGACGGAAGACCCAUCGUGUUCGAGUUGUCAGCGGCCAUCGGCAAACGAUGUCCGAGCCCGCAUCUAAGUCACGAGAAAAAUAUGAAACUUAUAAGGCAGCUCAACAGGCAAAAGACACGGUUUAUAGGUAUCAACUGCCGUUGCUCACUUCGAGAUCGAUAUCUGCUGAGGCAACAAAUACACUCAAAAAUAAUCCCAUUGAGAACGAAGCCACAAUCGCAGACUCACCACGGGCGGAAGCUUUAAUUGCACAUCAGCCACUCGAGGGUAAACAGGAUAAUAGUAUUGAGCAGAGCAUCAGCACGGAGACAUUGCCAACGUCUACAGAACAUGUUGUUGCUGUCACUGACCGUCCCCCGGUCAAGUUCCUGUACUCGAACAAAUAUCGUCAGCAGACGGCAGAGCGUACUCUGGCGGAGAGUCUGCAGAAUGCCGGCUAUAUUGCAACUGGCAAUGGUCGAAGUAAGUUCCGCACUACCAACAAUGUAUUGGAGCAACUGCAGCAUUUUCUCGCCGCUAGCGACAGUGAUGAGAGUGGAUCACCACAGUUUGUCGAUGAAACUGCCGGUUUUGAAAUAAAAGCCGCCGUCAAUGAGAUUAAACCAGAUGUUCCAAUAAGCCGAUCGACGACAACGACGUCGACAACGUCAACGACAAUGAGAUCAACAACUGCUUCUGUUGCUAUUUCUGCAUCUGCAUCACUACCAACCACACGUUUCCCACUUUCUGCACUGAAAACAAUAGGAAGCCCUUCCAAAUCCCACAUCCCAUCCUCAUCGUUUAGCAUAUUAGGCAUAGAUGCAACAGUAGAAAAUACUAGUUCCCCCGAUGUGGGUAGCACACCUGCCAUUUCAACAACGACAACAACAACCACCCCCUCCUCGUCAUCUGUAUUUAUAUUUUCCCCACCAACAACACGAGUUUCGAGGGUAAACAAUGCCUUAAAGUCAUCAAUUGCCGCUGCUGCCGCUCAAUCAUCUAGCCCGGGCUCCGCCUCAUCCACCUAUCACAUGACAGGGGGUAGAGCCAACAAAUUCCAAUAUGGCCUUGCACCCAACAGUAACAACAACAACAACCAACAACAACACCAAUACCACAACAACAAUGCCGCUGUUGCUGCCGUCUCGGUGAAAUGCUCCGAUAGCACACUGAGCCCCAAGUGCAACGAAAUUCCUUCAAGAAGCAACAAUAGAAACCGUGGCAGUACCAUCUACACCAAUCAAGAUCGCGAUACGGUGACUACGCCCAACAGAGGCACACAUCCGCCGCGGACACGUCCAACGCUCAAACCAUCUGGCACAAUUGUAUCGAAGGCCCAAGAGUUUGUGGACGUUUACAGAAAUCCACCAUCUCGACCUGAUCCGCUAUACCCACAGCCUACUCCGGAUAAGACGGCUGCCAAGUGCCGCAAAGAUGUGUGCUUACUACCCGAUUGCUAUUGUGGUGGAAAGGAUAUACCCGGCGAAUUACCUGUUGAAAGCAUACCACAAAUCGUACUCUUGACCUUCGAUGAUUCUGUGAAUGAUUUGAAUAAGCAAUUGUACAUGGACCUCUUUGAGAAGGGGCGCGUCAAUCCCAACGGCUGCCCAAUCACGGCAACAUUCUACGUCUCCCACGAAUGGACCGAUUACAGUCAAGUACAGAAUCUUUACGCCGAUGGACAUGAAAUGGCAUCGCACACAGUUUCUCACAGCUUUGGCGAGCAGUUUUCCCAAAAAAAAUGGACCCGAGAAAUAGCGGGACAGCGGGAAAUACUCGCUGCCUACGGUGGUGUUAAGUUGUCCGAUGUGCGCGGCAUGCGUGCCCCAUUUCUCUCGGUUGGUGGCAACAAAAUGUAUAAGAUGCUGUAUGACUCGAAUUUCACCUACGACUCAUCGAUGCCCGUCUAUGAGAACCGGCCGCCCUCAUGGCCAUACACCUUGGACUAUAAGAUAUUCCACGACUGUAUGAUUCCGCCAUGUCCGACCCGUAGCUAUCCGGGUGUUUGGCAAGUGCCGAUGGUUAUGUGGCAGGAUUUGAAUGGCGGACGUUGCUCUAUGGGUGAUGCCUGCUCGAAUCCAAGUGACUCUGAAGGUGUAACCAAAAUGAUAAUGAAGAAUUUUGAGCGACAUUACACCACAAACAGGGCACCCUUUGGACUGUUUUAUCAUGCCGCAUGGUUUACACAGCCGCAUCACAAGGAAGGCUUCAUUAAGUUCCUUGAUGCCAUAAACAGCAUGCCAGAUGUUUGGAUCAUAACCAAUUGGCAGGCUCUCCAAUGGGUGCGCGAUCCGACACCAACCUCGAGAAUCAAUUCGUUCCAACCAUUCCAGUGUGAUUAUUCGGAUCGACCAAAGCGUUGCAAUAAUCCAAAAGUCUGCAAUCUCUGGCACAAAUCUGGCGUUCGUUACAUGAAGACGUGUCAACCCUGUCCGGACAUUUAUCCAUGGACUGGGAAAUCUGGCAUACGCUCGUCACGCAUCGACAACGAAGUUGAGGAACCUUCGGCGUAAAACUAAAUUUGUACAGUCCAAACAACAUGAUAGUAAAUUCCAUGCUUAAGUUAUAAGAAAUUUCACUGUUUUGGGAUGCAUUGAUAGAUAUUGUCAUAAACCAUAGCCCAAAAUACGGUAUUCACUCGUUAAAAUGUUCUUCAUCUACCUUUAUAUUUAUAUAUUUUAGCUAAUUUGUUGAAGGGCAUCGCUAAAUUUAUUUAACUUCUUCGAGCAUGUUUCUCAAAAUUAUUUAUUCCCUUA